CGAACGUCAACGGGAUGCCCAUCGGUUCUCGUCCUUAAGCUCUCUCUCCCUCGGUCCUCCAAGAUCUGCGAUCUUUCAGCUCGUUUUUCACACGUUCUACUCUACAUCAAAGCCAUCGAAGCACUAUUUAUUAUCCAAGAUGCGCAACACCCUCAGCCUCAUCGUUAUGAUCACCCUUUUGCCCUUACUCGCCGCUGGUUCGGCUAUUCCUUUCGAUCAGAUGCAACAGAACUCCGUUGCUCUUACCAGGCGCUGGGAGGUUCAAGAUGCUGAAGGCAUCGUUGACUAUCAAAACCUGCAGGGCCAGAUGCAGAUGACUACGAGUAAAAUUGCAAGAGGGAUGGUUGCGUAUGAGAAGAACAUGGGCCAACGCCACCCCGCCGACCUUCUCGAACACCGUAACCUUGAACGUGCUGUCGGCCAUGACGGGCUUGCGGACGACAACAAUGUUCUUUGGUACGGAACGAUCACUGCGGGUACUCCUGCCGUUCAGUACACAGUCGAUUUCGAUACCGGAAGUAGCGACCUCUUCCUGCCCGGACCUUCGUGCGGCCAGACUUGCUCCGGUCACAAAGUCUAUAACCCGUCUCAUAGCAGCACCUCGAGGGAUCUUCACAAGACCUACAGGCUCUCCUACGGGGACGGUUCGUCUGUACGCGGCGAACAGUAUGCGGACGCUGUAUCAAUAACCGGAAAGAAAGCCACCGGCCAGACACUCGGCGCAUCUACACAAUACUCCAGUGGUUUCCAAUCUCCGCGCUUCCCCGCCGACGGUCUGUUGGGGAUGGGUUUUCAGUCCAUAUCCGUCUACAACGCGCCGCCCCUUUUCCAGACGCUCGUCUCCCAACGUCAAAUCAGCACCCCGAUCUUCGCUUUCAAGCUCGCGAAAUCUGGCUCCGAGCUUACCAUCGGUGGUGUCAACAACGCGUUGUACAGAGAUUCCUUUACGUAUGUACCGGUGACGCACCAAGGAUACUGGCAAGUCAACAUGGAUGGCGUCAGCGUUAACGGAGGCCGAGUCCUCGGCGGAACCAGCGUCAUCAUCGAUUCUGGCACGACUCUCAUCGUUGGGGAACCGCACGCGGUCCAGCGGCUGUACAGCAAUAUCCCUGGCGCCCAACCUGCCAACGAAUUCGGCCAAGGCUUUUAUUCGUUCCCUUGCGCCAACAUCCCCGAUGUUAGUUUGACCUUCGGAGGCCAUCAGUUCCACCUCUCCGCGGACACUUUCAAUCUUGGCCGCGAGUCUGCGUCGUCAAAUAGGUGCAUCGGCGGUGUCGUGGGCCAGAAUAUCGGCGCUUCUUUCUGGAUCGUGGGAGACGUCUUCAUGCGAAACGUGUAUACCGCGUUCGACCUCGGCCACAACCGUGUUGGCUUUGCGAACUUGGCCUGAGGAGCGCGUAACAUCCCCGAGAUUUUAU